AUGUCGCGCGCCACUGGAGCUGAUCUACCCCCUGAAGUACUGUCUGACAUUCUCAGGCGUGUCCCGCGACAUUAUCCCGCUGAUGAUUUAGACAUACGUCGCAAGUCCAAGCGCAGGCUCGUAGGGCCUGCCCUCGUAUGCAAGCACUGGUCCGAAGCCAUCAGACCUAUCCUCUUCCGACAACUCGAGUUGCGCAGCGCCGAAGACGUACGCUUCCUCAAGAGCAUCGUCAGCAGCCCCGAAUUUGCAGCUUCAUCUCUGUCCGGGUCCAUCAAGGAGAUACAUAUCCGUCAAGAAGCUACGGGAGCUAAGCCCUGGCUUCACCAUGUCCACGGACUUUCAACCCGACUCCGGAAGACAGCAUUCGUGUGUGUUGUCAAGAAUCACACGGACGAUGCUGCAUCAACAGCCGGCCGCUGGGCCCCAUUCGAGUCGAUACCCACCGUCACUCCAUCCUAUGUCCGACUUUCCGAUCUCACUCUUCGCGGUGUUGUAUUCACGAGCAAGACCGAGCUCAUACGGCUCGUCCACAAUUUCCCCACGCUCAAAAUCUGCACGUGCAAGGGACUCGCCUUCCUUGACCCGUCGCCAGCUGUCCGCCCACGCAGACUCCGCCGACGUUCUCCACCGGCCCGCCACUCCUUCAAAUACAUCGCGGACCCUGCGCGCCACAUGGGCCUUGACGACCGCACAUGGGACACAACCCUCCAGGGACUACUUGCGUUGGCGCCAAACAGACCAGGGCUGGCGGUUGUGGGCGGCGAUGUGACUGACACGGUGCGGAUCCAUUGCUCUUCAUCCAGCCCAGGUCAGCCUGCGCGCCACGUCAUCGUCGCUACAGUUAGGUUUUGCCAAUCAAGUGUGGGCCAGGAUGCGGGGCCUCCACUCGCGCAUAUCGAGAGCAUCGAUCUCGAUCUCCAACUUGGUGAUGUCGGAGUUGCGGACACCCUUCCUUGGGACGGCUUGCAAGCCGUUCUUGAUUCUCCGCACAUGCGCCGCCUUCGUAUCGCUUACGAUAGGCUGGGGAACACAAAAUUCGAGGUCACGAAAAGGAUCUUGUGCUCUGUGCUACGCCGCUCGCAGCUAACCUGGGCUCUAGAAUCAGACAUACUGCAAUUUAAGACGCGCUACUCCGUUGAAGGGCUCGUUACGAGUGCAGACAUCUUGUCGGUACCGACCGAGCACACCAUCGACGGCACCACGAUCACUCUCGACAUCGCCGAACAAGCCGAGUGGUUGCUGCGCCCGGUCCACGCUCGCUCUGGAAGGGAAGCAAAUGGAAGCAGGGAGCAUUACUUGCGAGAGCUCGUAACGAACCGCCCGAGCGUGUCACAAAUUCGCCCCAUACAAGCGCCUAUUAUAUUCUUAGCGCUCAUCAUCGCGCUAAACACGAUCACGUGA